AUGGAAGCCCUGCAAGGUUCUAGUUCAUUUUCAGAGCAAUACCUUGAUCAGAGUUGCACUGCUACUUCCCAGUGUUGGUUUGCAAAUGGUGACUGUAGAACCUCCACUUGUUUAUGUAAGACUGGAUACCAUCAGACAGGGACUGCCUCCACAGGCACUUGUACAAAACGUCAGUUGGGACAAACAUGCACAGCUUUGGGUCAGUGUUCAGCUGGGAAUGCAGUUUGUAGUGGAACCUGUCAGUGUCAGUCUGGAUAUUAUGAUACAAAUGGAUCAGGAACUGGAGGAUCUUGUAAUGCAAAGAAAGGUCUUGGUAAGCCAUGUACAGAAAAUUUAAAUGAGUGUGCUGAUUCUGCUGCGCAAUGUCUGGAUGGUAACUGUACAUGUGGUGACAAUUACUAUGAUUCAAAUGGUUUUACUGAAGGUGGAAACUGUGUUAGUGUUUCGGAAUUGAAAGUAUUAGCAAUCAACUUCCCGUCAGCUUCUGUAGGAACUUCAGGAUUCAGAGUUUCAUGGACACCUCCAUCCACAGAUAAAGCUUCACAAAUUAGCAGUUAUAUUGUUUAUUGGAGAGUAAAGACAGGAGAUAAUAGUCAAGAUGGUGGAAGUAAAGUAGUUUUAAGAACUGCAACAACCGCAUUGGUAAAUACUGGUGUCACGUCAGGGAAAACCUACAUUGUGACAGUGACGUCAGUAAAUAUUUGGACACAGUCUGGUAGAUCAAGAACAACAUCAUUGGCAAAUGAACAAGCUGCAAAGCCAAACAUUCCAAUGUCUUUGACAACACCAGAUUUAAAUGCUCAAGAUGGUGUUAUAAGAAUUGGAUGGAGUGCUCCUGCAAGUGGUGUGGCUUCUGGUUACAGAAUUCAGUUACUUGAUGGGUCAAAUGAGAUUACCAGUAAAGAAAGACCAUCAUCACCAGUCAGCUUGUCUAACUCAACUAUAAAAAAUGGAUAUAGAUAUAACAUAACAAUCAUAGCAAAAAGUGAAGCCUAUAAUGGUACAAAUUAUGUAUGGAGUGAUUUGUAUGUGGAACAGAUCAAGACUGUUGUACAAGUGCCAAGUGCCCCAAGAUCUGUACAAUGUAACACUAUCAAAGAUGAAUCUAUCACCUUGACAUGGAUGGAUCCAGUGUUUCCCAAUGGAGAUCUUGUCAAAUAUAUCAUACAGGUCUUAAAUCUCAACGAACAACUGCUAUUUAAUACAAGCACAGAUCAGGUUGUGGAAAGCCACACAGUCAUCUCCUUGAGCCCAGGAACGACAUACAGGUUUAGAGUAUUUACAGAAAAUGAAAAGUACACCUCAAUAAACUAUGGACAAUCCGCAUUUUGCAUGACAAAGGCAAAAU